AUGACGGAGCAAAUCAACUCCAAGCUCUUGCAGGCUCAACUAUUUUCAACUAUCCUACCCAAACGUCCACCUCACAUUGAGGCUCAAAAACACCCAAUUGACCGUCAACUGACACAUGGCGUCAUCCCCAUCACCAUGAGGUACCCUCCGCAACGGAUAACCCUCAGCCUCGUCUCCCGACAAAUCCACAGCUCCGUCACAUCCCGCCGACCACGCCGCUCAUUCCACAUCACCACACCGGCCAGUCUCCCACGAAAACGACACUUUUUCACCUCGAACCCUUUCCUCUCCAACAACCCCGCCGACGACGCCAAGUCAGUCUCUGAAUCCGCUUUCAGAAAUGAAUCCCAAAUCUCUUCAUCGGCCGCUGCAAAACGCAAGCCCACCCGCUCGGCAACCGCCAAAAACUCUCUCCGCCGAGUCGCCAUCAUAGCACAGCAACCCAAGCGCGCAGGCGACAAAUCCAGUCCAAACGCCACCGAUGUCGACCCUUCCACCACCAUAAGCGCAACAUGCAUCGCCGAAUCAUUCAACAUGCCCAUGGUGGUCGAGAUCCUGUCCUCGCACGGCUUCGCAAUCGACCCUGACCACACGGGCUUCGACGCAACUGAAGUCGUUCACGCAAAGGGCGUCAACGGCGGCGACAUCUUCGUCUUUCCCUCCGGCACAAUCGUAACGUGGUCACUCCCCCCAGACGUUGUUACGAAGCAAAUCCUCCGCGCGGCCGAGGAACCGCACCCAACUCCGCUCCGGGAAGUCGAAGACCUCGACUUCAUCACUGACACUGCCCGCGCAGAAUCCAACAUGAAGGGCGACAUGGUUGUCCUCGGCACCCGCCGCGAGCACAAAGACGGCGACACCCUCGACACCACGCUCGCCAAAAUCGCCUUCUCGUCCGGUCUUGCGCGGAGCACAAAGCUCGCCGUGCUGGAGAGCGCCCUCACUGCCUACUUUGAAAGCACACGCAACAUCCCCGCGAUACUCUCCCAGGGAUCUGGCCUGCCGCUCGGCCGCAAAUUCAUCCUCCAAAAGACGGGCGAGCUGCUCAGUCUGCGAGCCCGGCUGAACCACUACUCCGAACUGACGGACUCACUCCCGGAUAUCUUCUGGGAUAGCAAGUCUGAGCUUGGGCUGGAGGGGUACUACGACCAGGUUGGGCGGGCGCUGGAUGUAAAUGUGCGGAUUCGCACGUUGAACCAAAAGAUGGACUAUGCGCAGGAGAUUGCGACUGUGCUGCGUGAGAUGUCUAGCGAGCAGCACGGCACGCGGCUCGAGUUGAUCAUUAUUCUGUUGAUUGCCGUAGAGGUUGUAUUUGAGUUGAGGAGGAUUAUUUUGGAAUGGGGACAGGAGAGGGAGGCUGCUAGGAUGGCUAAGGCGGCGAAGGAGGGUGUUGGACAGCAUUGA